ACAUUUAUAUAAAAUGCCACAAAUUUUCUAGAUUCUUCAAUUCAUUUAGUAACCUGUUCUAUUCAAGUAUACGAAAAGUUUCUUUCAAAAUGAAAUUGAUUCUCAUCGGUCUAAUUACCUUCGCACUUGUUGGAUUAUGCACGGAAAGAGUUGAGGCCCGACCAGGUGGAUAUGUAACACAGAAUUGGCAAAACGGUUCCAAUAAUCAAGGACCAAAUAAAAAUGGGCAACCAUGUACUGUAUGUGGACAAAAUUAUCCUACAAGACCACCACCACCUCCUCCACCAAUGAAAGGUGGUUGUAACCACCAAGGAGGUCCAUGUAAUCAAAAUGGAAAUGGUGGACCAUCCAACAAGGGUUGUUCAAAUGGCAAUUCCAAUCCUCCGGGAAAAAAUUGUGGACAAACUACUCCAUGUGGUCGACCAGGACAUGAACAUCCAGGUGGUCACGGUGGUCAAAAUAAUUAUGGAGGCAAUUCGAACGUGAAAAGUGGGCAAAUAGGUUAUGGAGGUCAUAAUGGAUAUCCUAGUACUACUCCAUGUGGUCCAUCAGGACAUGGUCAUAAUGGUCAGAAUAAUUAUGGAGGCAAUUCGCAGAUGAAAGGUGGGCAAACAGGUUAUGGUGGUCAAAAUGGUCAGUAUAAUUACGGAGGUGGUUCGAACGUAAAAAGUGGGCAAAUAGGUCAUCAUCAUCAUCCAACAGGUGGGCAAGGUGGUCAAAAUAAUUACGGAGGCAAUUCGAACAUGAAAAGUGGGCAAACAGGUUAUGGAGGAAACAAUAACAAUGGUCAAAAUGGCAAAGGAAGUAAAUGUGAAAAAUGUGGGCAAGAUAAGCAAAUAGUAUACACUAUGAAUUAUUAAGUAAAGAGGUAAAAUAAUUAAUAAACAAUUCCUACCUUCUGUA